AUGGCAGCGGCCUACGGGCCGACACGAAAGCGGCUGUUGACUGAUAUGUCCGCUGGAAAGGGCCAGUUCUACUGCUGCGACGAGGAUCACUCCAAGGUCCUCCGCGCCACGCACAAAGGUGGCCUCGGGGCGGCCAAGGGGGGGCAGAACAUCCAAGAGGGGGCUGACGUCAAGGCGCACUGGCAGGUGACGGACCAUCUCCGACACCAGCACGAUGUGCACGUCCAGCCGGACGAGGUUGGCCCCUUAGCGGCCUACCUGGCCGCGGAGGUGGCACAGGUCCCAGUAGAGGACUUGGAUGGUCGCGCGCUUGAGGGGCUUCCCGGCCUCAACGUCUCCCUUAGCCGGCUGCGGAUGGAUCUCCGGUCCACGAGAGGCAAGAGGCAGCUGACGGCGGCUGUUGUGCAGCGGUGUUUCUGCCUCUUGUGCUACCCGGACGAGAGCCUGUGGGCGUGGAAGGACGGCAUGUCGGGUGAAGAAAUGCAGGCCCACCUAGCGGCCAGCCACCCUCAGUGUGAGGGCGCCAAGUACCAAACAAUCCACCUGCAAAAGGUCCUCGAGUCGACAAGGGUUGGCAGUUCCAACCUUCCGAGCAAGUUCGUCAGGGUCAACGCACCGGAGACGGUGGAUCCGCCGGCGGCCGAGCCGGCGACAGAGGGGGCGGGCCAACAAGGGGCGGCGGCGGCAGCAGCAGAUGAAGAGGCUGCGUGGAGGGCGCUGAGGGACCGUUGCCGCGUCGUGCAACCGACAGUGGUCUUCGGCGACACGGCGGCUGCAGUUGACGUCCCCUACCGAUUCGCCACACUUCUUGGCAUGGACACGCACUUCUUGAACGGAGUCGACCUGGCGGCUUUCCAGAAGCUCAAGGCAAGGAGGGAAAUGCCUGGCGACCACGCGGUGGUCGCGCUGUUCCUCGCGAACUUCGACAUCCUUGGGGCUGCCUACUUCAGGGGCAUUGCCCUCCUCCACCAGGACCACAAACGCGACAUGGGCAAGAUUGCCGGACGCAGCUCCGGGGGCGCCGCGAAGGCCAAGGGGGCGUUCCCCAUGCAGGACAGCACCAUCGUGUCGUAUCUCGAGAACUGGCGCGAGGUUCUUGUCUACCUCCUCCGGCGAUUCCUCAUCCACACCCGCAAGAUGACAUACGACGCCGGCCACCUGCCUCGAAUCGACUGGUCGACGCAGGAGACGCAGCUGCCGUUGGAGAUAUCGACGACGAUUAUGCCAACCGUCUUCCCGCGGCGAUCGGUGCUCGACGCCUUCAUUGACCUGGUCUGUUUUGCGGAGGCGAGGCUGGAGACGCCGGCUGCCGACGCCGGCGCGGCAGGCUGGCUAGACAAACUGCUGACUGUCAGUCUUGCCCUUUCCGAGGACAUUGUUGCAGGCGACAAGUUCGCCUGCGCGCUAGUGGGUGCCACCGCGGCGUCGUGCACGCGGGCCGACGGCGUCAAACACCCAACGGUUGCUAGUAAGGGCAUCUCGGGCAUCAUUGCCUGCGUCAAGGCGACGUUUGUUGCCUGGAGCCACAGGGAAUCGGCGCUGUGGAGCACCGGGGCCGACUGGGACUUUGCCUACACCAUGUUUGCACGGCCCUACUUCGCCUACUUCAGCACCCGCCCGGGCGCGCUGACGAGCCGGCCGGGUUCCUACGUCCCGAUCACGGCGCUCGCUUGCCUGUAUGAGUGCCGCAACGUCGGCAUCGAGGAGAGCUUCAACACGGCCGGACUGACGACGACUGCGUUGCGGGACGGCGGCCAGACGGCCAUCCACGGCGCCAACAGCGAGCUGAACAUCCACGACUUCCGGGCCGCCAACGGGCAGCAGAUCGCGCGCCUGCACCGGUGCCUCGUCGACCUGCUGCUGCUGGACGCGGCCGGGCUCCCCGAGCAGGCCUCGGUGCCUGCGAUGCAGGCCUUUAUCGACAACGACGUCCCGUUCCCCGACAUUACCGACGACUGGACGGACCGGGAGUCCGGCACCUCGGCCUACACCCAGACCUUUGGCAAGGACGGACCGCCUCUGCUGUUGGACCGGGUAUGGGACGGGGACCGGAGGCGCGCGUGGACGACGCCCGACCGGGUCUCGGGCGGCGUGCGCUUCCGGCAGGACGCUACCGCGGCCUAUUUCCGCCAGGUGCACGCCUUCCUCGGCGACCUCCUCGUCACGGCGUUCCUUCUGGCCGGCGUCCAGAGCCGCGGGACGGAGUUUCUGACCAUGCGCCACACGAACACGCCGCAGCACGGGCAGCGGAACCUCUUCUGGUUCGGCAACAUGUGCCAGUGGGGUGCCGAGAUCCGGUACCAUAAGGGCGAUAACGACACGGAGGCCGGCGACUCCGCGUGGCAUUUCUUCCCUCCUCACCUCUCCUACGUUAUAUCAUACUACCUUCUAUAUGUGCAGCCCUUCACGCAGGUCCUCAUCCAGGAGAUGGCGGGCGGCGCAACCGUCGACCACAGCCCGUUUCUGUGUGGCACGGCGCCGGACGCCCAGAGGUCGAGAGUGUUGGCCGGAGAGAUCCGGCGCAUGAUGGACCGCGUGCCGCCGUCCGACUUGAUGCAGGCGCUGGCUGGCUGCUCCGGGGCGGCCAGGGCGGCGGUGGCACAAGAGGAGAUGGGCGACGACUACGCGGACGACGACGGCGACGAGAGCCGCCUGGACGGGGAGUACGCCUACGACAAGGCCGAUCCGUCCAACGCCCGGCUGGGGCAUUGCUGGCCACGACGGCCAGGCGGGGAAGACGACGGCGACAUGCUUGGCCAGCUCGAGACGCUGUGCCGGACGCUUCGUGGGCUGGCUAGGGACAGCGCGAUGGCCGACGCUGUGGACGCCGGCGAUGGCGGGUCUCUGGCCGGCAUCACGAUCGGUUCCGGUACCGGGCUGGUGACGUCGCUGUGGGAGACGGCGGCGCCCCAGCAGGUCCCGCCCCGCCGGGCGUCGGCUGGGCCUUCCGACUUUUCGCCCGGGUUCUGGAACAACCGCAAGUUCUACAUCGAGCUGGCCCGCUUCUUCGAGCGCCGGCUGGGGACGAAGAUUGGCAUUGCGAGCCUGCGACAUAUCAUGGAGAUAUGGGCCCGCCACCUGACCGAGGGCCUACGGGAGGACGCGGCCAGCCUGUCGACGGUGCAGGGCAUGACUGACUGCCUGCUGGGAGCCAUGCACGAGCAGGCCGGCCACAGCGACCGGACGGCGGCGAUUAAGUAUGCCCUGAGCCAACCUUUUCUACACUGGGGCCGCGGCCGGGAGAAGAUUGGCAGGCACGCCAGGGCUUCCAUGGUCAUGCAUGCCUUCCUGCUGAGCGACGACAUGGUCGGGCGGCCUAUGACGCCGACCCUGCUGACGAGGUACGGUGGUUUGCUCUGCUGCUAUAUAUAUGCCCCCCCACCCCCCUUAUUACCUCUUGGUCCUUGA